CCCUAAAUAUUACUUCCGAUUCGUAAAUCUCGACAAUGGCGGCGACGACGGCGGUUCCUCCACCGGCGGUGCAGGCGCAUUUAGCCCCGACACCGGCGGCGGGGGCGGUGAGUGGGGGAGUGUUUCCGAAGUCGUCACUGUACGUGGGAAACCUGGAGGCGACGGUGGACGAGAGCAGGCUGUACGAAAUGUUCAACGAGGUGGCGGAGGUGAUCUCCGUCAGGAUUUGCAGGGAUCAGAAUCGGAUGUCUUCACUCGGCUACGCCUACGUCAAUUUCACUACUCCCACCGACGCUGCAAACGCGAGGAAUAGAUUGAAUUUCGCUGAGGUGGACGGGAAGCCUCUAAGGAUUAUGUUUUGCCAAAGAGAUCCGAGCAUGCGUAAAAGCGGAUAUGCGAAUCUCUUCAUCAAGAAUUUGGAUCAAGCGAUCGACGACAAGGCGCUCUACGAAACUUUUACCAGCUUCGGAACCGUGCUCUCGUGCAAAGUAGCCGUCGACAAGAACGAGAAAUCAAAGGGCUACGGCUUCGUGCAGUUCGAUAGCGACGAAUCCGCGCAAAACGCAAUCAAGUGGUUGAAUGGAAUGCUAAUAAACGACAAAAAAGUCUUUGUCGGCACUUUCAUUCGUCGCCAAGAAAGGGAUCGAGCAAAAGGGUCCCCUAAAUACACGAACGUUUACGUGAAGAAUUUAUCGGGAAAUAUCACGGACGAGGACUUGAAGAAAAUGUUCGAGAAAUUCGGCCCGAUAACGAGCGCUGUCGUAAUGAAAGAUGGGAGUGGAAAAUCGAGGUGUUUUGGAUUUGUUAACUUUGAAGCGUUCGAUUCAGCAGCUGCUGCGGUGGAGAAUUUGAACGGAUUUACGAUCGAAGAUAAAGUGUUGUACGUUGGAAAGGCUGAGAAGAAGGCGGAAAGGGAGGCGGAAUUGAGGGCGAGAUUCGAAGAGGAGAGAAAUAAUCGGUUUGAGAAAUUGAAAGGUGCUAAUCUUUACUUGAAAAAUCUCGAUGAUUGUGUGAACGACGAGAAGCUGAAGGAGUUGUUCUCCGAGUUCGGGACCAUCACUUCAUGCAAGCUCAUGCGCGAUCCAAAUGGAAUGAGCAAAGGUGCCGGUUUUGUGGCAUUCUCCAACCCGGAAGAAGCUGCGAAAGCUUUGAAAGAAAUGAAUGGGAAAAUGAUCGGAAGGAAACCUUUAUACGUUGCAGUAGCUCAACGGAAAGAAGAGAGGAAGGGUUGGCUGCAGGCACAUUUUGCUCAGAUACGUACACCGGGACCAAUGUCGCCGUUGUCGGGAAUGGCAGGAUUCCACGCGGGCCCGCCAAGUCUUGCUCAUCAUCAUCAGCAGCAGCAGCAACAGCUAUACUUCGGGCCGGUGGGCCCGGGCCUCGUGCCUCAGAUGCCGCCUCCAUAUGGAUUUCCGCAGCAGCAUAUGCCAGCAGCAGCAUUGCAGCCACAACCAAUUCCCUCCAAUUACGUCAUGCCUUUCCAACUCCAACGACAACCUCAGCCCGUUCAACAGCAGCGUUUGCCUCCUAGGCGACCUCCUAAUUCUCAACACCAUCACCAACAACAGCUCAACUCGAAUCAAGGUAUGAGCAGAUACAUGGUGAAUGCAAGAAACGGUUUCAAUCAUUCGAUGGUUCCUCAAGGUCUAAUGGGACCCGUUCUUCCCAUCGAUGUAUCUGCACCGUUGGAAGUUCCACUUUCGGUCCCGUUAUCUAGGUCAACCCUCGCUUCGGCUUUGGCUUCCGCUUCUCCAGAAAAUCAGCGAGUGAUGCUAGGGGAACAACUUUACCCGCUCGUGGACCGUUUGGAGCACAAUCAUGCGGGAAAAGUGACGGGAAUGUUGUUGGAGAUGGAUCAAACGGAAGUGCUUCAUCUCAUCGAAUCUCCCGAAGCUCUGAAAAAGAAAGUCGUCGAGGCUAUGGGUGUGCUGCAUAUAGCAACUUCGGUUCCCGAAAUCGGUCAUCAACUUCGCUCCUUGUCCUAAUUUAAUCAAAUCAAGGCUUCUAGCUAACCAUAGAGUUAGAUUUAAACUUCAAAUCUUAUUCGUUCACUUAAUUUUUUUCA